AUGUGCGACCAUUCACAUGAUGGCCUAGGCGGCUGCGAACGUGAAAUCAGUGACAGUGCUGAUUAUGGAGAUAUAAAACAAUACGACAUGUAUAAGUACAUCGACAUGGACAAGGUGACAGUGUUGAAUGAGACUGUUGAUGGAAGUGGAAAACUCGUUUUCAAGAGUAUGGAAAGGAGACUUGACAGAAGUGACUACGUGGAAAGCGAUUGUGACGAAGAGUUACUGUUCAACUUACCAUUUUCUGGUACAGUGCGAAUAACUGGAAUAUCUGUGAUUGGUGAUGAAGAAGAAAAUCAUCCUGCAAAAGUGCGACUUUUCAAGGAUAGACCCGCUAUGUCUUUCGACGACUGUAGUAUCGAGCCCGAUCAAGAGAUUGAUCUUAAGCAGGAUCCUACUGGCGUGGUCGACUAUCCUCUGAAAGCUGCCAAGUUCGGCACGCUUUCACAUCUCAGCCUACACAUCCACAAAAAUUUCGGAGCUGAACAAACCAAGGUUUGCUACAUUGGCUUACGAGGAGAAUACAUAGAAGAUUUCAGACAGAGGGUCGCAGUUGCCGUAUACGAGGCUAAUCCGAACAUAGCAGAUCACAAAAACGAGAUUCAUGAACCAGUGAGACGCACUCUGUUCUAAAGUGGCUGCCUUUUUCUCAUACUCAGUAGUUGAUGUAUAGAUAUUUAUUUCGCGGAUUUCUUGCAAAGUUUUAUUUGCGUAUGUAUAAAGUGGUAAACUGUGAGUGUUUCAAAAAGAAACAAAGAAGGUGCGGUUGUAGAAAAUUGCUGUAGAUUG